ACUUUCUAUUACCAUGGACUUUUACCAACCCACCCUCCUUUUCAGACAAAACGCCAUCAGAAGAAGUCCUGAAAGCAGCCAGCUGAGUUUGGACUUGGUUGAGUACAAAACAAGAAACCCUUCUUGGAUCUUCGACCCCAACACUUCCAGAGACACAAAGAUUCUCAACAAGAUCUGCUCUCUUGACAGACUCAACAUCAAAUCCAACUAUUGGAAAAUCCCUGAUAAUAACAUGAACUUGACAGCUAUGGCCAUAAAAACAAAUGAUAAUAAUGGAACCCUCGCCAUUUCAUCAGCAAACGAUAAUUCCAACCUCUUCAUCUAUGAGGUCGACCUUCAGGAUGCAUAUCUCAAGCACCACAACACAAUUUCACUUCCAAACAUCCAUGCCAUGAAAUGGGUUCCAGGAACAUCAAACCUUUUAGUGACCGGUAACAGCAAGGGGUACGGCCAUUUGAUAUCGGUACCGGAGCCUGGAAAUCAAACAAGUGCAGAAAUAGUAAAGAGAUUCAACCACAGAAAACAUCUACGGUCUAUUAACAAAGACUCGAGCAUCCUCCACCAGUCUUCAUCUAAAAUCGAUAAAAUGGCAUUCAACUCAAACCGGCUGUUGAUCAGUAUCUAUGAUAACAAUCUCUUCAACUGGGAUGUUAAUGAUUGUACGGCAGCAGCCAGACCUAAACCUGUUUCGAUCACCAGCAUCAACGGACUUGCCAAUUUCGAUACUUCUCCCAAUGCCAACGUUCUCGGGAUCUGUGGACGGUUUGGUGUGUCAAUAUUUGACCUCCGUGACCCACAAUUUUCAGUUCCCAGGGCAGUUGAAAAUGAGUGCAAGAAAACCAAGUUGGGUUCCAAUUUGAUCAAAUGGUCCGACGACGAGUAUAUUUUCGCAGCCAGCCAUUUGGAUGGAGUAAUAAGGUUGUGGGAUGUGAGAAAACAAGAUUGUUUCGGAACACUAAAUGCCCAGCAUGGCAGCCUGGUUAGCAGUAUGCAAUGGGUUGAUGGUGAUCUUUUCAGUGGUGGCCGUAAUGGACACAUUAUUCAUUGGGAUUUGACGAGUGAUAUCACCGACUACGAUUACGAUUUACAACGGUGCGGUGUUAAAGAAGGGCUCAAUAGUGUUCAGUUCGACCCGGUGGCCAACCAGGCUGACGAUAUCGCGGGCCAGAGACUGUGUGGUACUAUUCUUCCUGCUUCCAACACGAGCAUUAUUUCACUUGAAACAGUCGAAACAGUCGACGAUUUGAAGGUUUUAUCCAUUGAUGGAAGCUCUUUCUUUGGACUCCAUUCACGCAUAUACGAUGCUGUGGAUGUACAGUACCGCUCACAGAAACUCUACUAUACCCACGAUGACCUCGUCAUGAUGGGUGAACGCUCGGACGAGACCUUGGUCAAUGAUACAGGCCUGAUCCAUAGCCUAGAGAAGCCACUUGCUAUCACUAGGAAAAAUACCACAGCAUCGUCGGCCAAAUCAAUUUCCAGAAACAACUCCAUUUCUGUGGUCCGCAACACCUCGAUGGCUUCUCACAAGUCCAUCACAUCCAUUAGGUCCACCAAUUCUGUCGCUGAAAUUGAAGUACCCACCGGUUCUACUGACACCCUUCUCAAUAUGCCGAUUGAGACAGCAGAACUUGAUGUGGACUUCAAGUUUGGGCCAGCAUCGAGGUCCAACAGUCAAAGCCUGAGUCUGGUGGUUAUGUCGCCCGAGUCGCUCAACUCAUUUGCUGCUUCUUUCGACUCGGUGGCCACCACUGUGGACGAGCAACCGGUCCCAGAAGCGUCCACACAUAAGUACACGCUUUCAGAUAUCCAAUUCGAUGACGACCUUAGUUUUGGCAUCAACAGUUCGUACUUAGUAACAUAGUAUAUAGUCAGCAUAGCAUACACCUUUUUCGCAUCCACAGUUCAGUUGGCUUUGCUCAGCCGAACAAUUCGCACCUGCGGGGCGUGUCGGGACCACCUCGCAAAAGGG